UGUUCCUGUUACCACCUUGAACCUCUUCCUGGCAGAGUCUGGGCAUGUCCUUGAUCUUCGUGUGCUACACCGGUGCAUUUAUAUUAUCACGGUGUUAUCGGCUGGACAUAUUGGUUAUCGUGCACAACAAGCAACAAGGCAACCUUACCCACGAGUAUGACCGCCGAGCCGCAAAAUAUCAGACAGCAUCCUAUAUACUGGUUCAACGAUGGCUCCAUCGUCGUGCGUUCACGCAGCAUAAGCAAUGGGGAGGUUUGCUUCAAGCUUCACGAGAGCUUGCUGCGUCGACAAUCUCGCUUUGUUCAAAUGAUGCUCGAUAGCGGGACCAGCGCCAAAGAGAUGUUGAUCCCACCAGAACUUGGUGUUCAAGUCCAUGAUUUGACAGCGCUGCUCGAACAUCUAUACCACGAUACCCCUCUUUCCGCUGAAGCACCCUUCUCACAUGUUGCGGCGAUCCUGCGUGUCUCUUCCCCGGAUCAGCUUGAUCUGCCCGGUGUGCACAUGUCAGCACGGGCGUACUUCGUAUCGAUGUUUCCUCAGGGUCCACAGCCGUUUGCACAUCCUAGUAGCCAUCUAGAAGAGGCGUUGGCACUUGUACAUUCAUAUCAGAUCUCUUCGAUCAGAAAAGGCAUAUAUUACAGCCUUGUCACGACUUCUGAAUUCGAAGAUGGCGAUGGCGACUUAGUUUUGGAAAAUUCCAUCCCACCAAACGGUUCGCCAGGAACAUCGUCAACGCCACGCCACAUUCUAUCACCCACAGAUGUCGAGCGGUGUAGAAGCCUGAUGACUGGCAUCGUGAAACAUUUCACCCCUGUUUUAUUCACACCACCUGCAACUCCUCAUAUGGCAUGUACAGACGUGUUUGCAGACCAAUGGAUGCCGCUCGUAAUCACACCCGCAAUAUCUACUUCUGGCGUCUGCAAACCACUCGAAAUGCUUGAGCAAAUUAAGCAAAUCAACUGGGCCGCCGAGGGCUUGUGUGCUGCAUGUGUCAGGGAAAAGACACAGGAGUGGACACAGGAGCAGGAAGAUGUAUGGGAGAAAAUGGACUCGUGGUUGAAUCUGGAGGGCACAAAACAUUCCCUUGUUUGAAAUAUACAAAGGAGAUAUAGAUGUUUGUUGCGGUAUUUGCGGCCCGUUUAAAAAUGUGCGCAAAUCGGGAACGAACAGCCUCCUCCCCCUUGCAAUUGACGUCUUUUGAUUUCAAGUCCGCAACAUGCCCUUUUUUGUUUUCAGGCGUACAGACAAGUUGUUAUACUAUGAAACAGUACUACGAUGGCGAUUCCAAGCUCAU